CCUGCCCGCCUCUUCUCGCGCUCCCCGCUGGCCGCGGCUCCCUCGCGCUCUCCCCGUCUCCUGUCCGCUCCGCCGAGCGAUGCGAGUUCUGGGCCCCGGCGACGCCGCCUCCCGCUAGAGAUCUGCACCCCCUACCCCUGGCCCGGCCCUCUGCCCAGCCCUGCCCCGCGCGCGGGGGUCGGAGAAAGCGCCGCGGACGCACCGACGGCCGAGGAGCGGCGAUGCACAUGCACUAGCGGCACCCCCUAACUCACUCCCUCCACACCCCGCGCCGCCGCCGCCUCCACCUUCUCCGCCUCCGCCUCCUCCUCCUCCUCCUCCGCCUCCGGCAGCUUCGGCAGAAGGACCCACCCUGCCCCCCACCCCACCCUCCGCCGGCUCCGGCUGCGGAUCCAGCCUCGACUCCUAUUUUAUUUAUUUUGGGUCGUGCACUAGCCUCGGUGCCUGCAACCCGCGCCUCCCGGGCCCGCGGGCGCCUCCUCUCUCGGCUCCGGAGCCCCAGACCCCGGCCACCCUCACCUCGACACCCCCAGACCCCAGCCAGCCGCCGCUAAUCUUCGCCGCUGGAAUCUUGAUAGAGGCUGCCCUUUUGGGGGGAUUCUGGUCUUUUCGACAAUUUUGUUCCCAGCCAAGGAGAGGAUAUCGUGAUUUUCUCCCCUUUGAGCCCAGGCUCUGCUUUGUGGGGGGGGGUGGGGGGCGCGCCGACCCGGGGAGUCGUGCCAGCCGAGUCGUGCGGGCUGUGGCAGGGAAGGGGCCACCAUGGGAUGUACUCUGAGCGCAGAGGAGAGAGCCGCCCUCGAGCGGAGCAAGGCGAUUGAGAAAAACCUCAAAGAAGAUGGCAUCAGCGCCGCCAAAGACGUGAAAUUACUCCUGCUGGGGGCUGGAGAAUCAGGAAAAAGCACCAUUGUGAAGCAGAUGAAGAUCAUCCAUGAAGAUGGCUUCUCUGGAGAAGACGUAAAGCAGUACAAGCCUGUUGUCUACAGCAACACCAUCCAGUCUCUGGCAGCCAUUGUCCGGGCCAUGGAUACUCUGGGCGUGGAGUAUGGUGACAAGGAGAGGAAGGCGGACUCCAAGAUGGUGUGUGACGUGGUGAGUCGUAUGGAAGACACUGAGCCGUUCUCCGCAGAACUUCUUUCCGCCAUGAUGCGACUCUGGGGCGACUCAGGGAUCCAGGAGUGCUUCAACCGAUCUCGGGAGUAUCAGCUCAAUGACUCUGCCAAAUACUACCUGGACAGCCUGGAUCGGAUUGGAGCCGCUGACUACCAGCCCACUGAGCAGGACAUCCUCCGAACCAGGGUCAAAACAACCGGCAUUGUAGAAACCCACUUCACCUUCAAGAACCUCCACUUCAGGCUGUUUGACGUUGGCGGCCAGCGAUCUGAACGUAAGAAGUGGAUUCACUGCUUUGAGGAUGUCACGGCCAUCAUCUUCUGCGUCGCACUCAGCGGCUAUGACCAGGUGCUCCACGAGGACGAAACCACGAACCGCAUGCACGAGUCCCUGAAGCUUUUUGACAGCAUCUGCAACAACAAGUGGUUCACAGACACAUCUAUCAUCCUGUUUCUCAACAAGAAGGACAUAUUUGAGGAGAAGAUCAAGAAGUCCCCACUCACCAUCUGCUUUCCUGAAUACACAGGCCCCAGUGCCUUCACAGAAGCUGUGGCUCACAUCCAAGGGCAGUAUGAGAGUAAGAAUAAGUCAGCUCACAAGGAGGUCUACAGUCAUGUCACCUGUGCCACGGACACCAACAACAUCCAAUUCGUCUUUGAUGCCGUGACGGAUGUCAUCAUCGCCAAAAACCUGCGGGGCUGUGGACUCUACUGAGCCCUGGCCUCCUACCCAGCCUGCCACCCCCUCCUCCCCUGGACCCAGAGCUCUGCCACCGCUCAGAUGCCCUGUUCACUGAAGAAAACCCCGGAGGCUGGCCUGGGGGGCAGGAGGAGGCCUCCUUUGAGCAUCCAUACCCUACCCAACUCCAGCUGCAUGACACGUGGGAACAGGGUUGGGCAGAGGUGUGAAGCACCACACGCCACAAGGCCAGGGACCACUGUGUGCCACCUGGGUGCUGCUCACUGGUCAGCUGUGUCUCUUACUCACAGGCCGAGUGGGCAACACUGCCAUCUGGUUCAGCGUGGGCACAUCCUGCUCUCUGUAUUUCCUAUUCAGUGUCCUGGUGUCUCUUCCACCUUUGGCCGGCAGGAUGGCCCUGUGGCAGGUGCUGCUGGAUUAGGGAUGCCAUCUCUCAGCUUCCCUUCGGGGUCUGUUUGGUAGAGGGCGGUUCCGUCGACAAAAGCCAACGUGGAGUCAGGCCACUUUUGGGAUACAAAGACUCAGACCUGGGGAAGAGGUUCUCUCCUCCUUCACGUUGGAUCUUGGCCCUUUUCUGGGCAUCUUCCCUUGUCCUUGGGCUCCCCAGGAUACUCAGCCCUGACUCCCAUAGGCUUGGGAAUAUUCCUUAAGACCGGCUGACUGCAAAGGUGCAUGGGUGGAGGAACAGUCCUGUGCCACAGAAGGGGCGGCGCUGAGGGGGCAGGCAGCUCCCUCCUGAUAGGCUGGUGGCCAGCUCUGAGAUGCUAUCUGCUGCCUCUACUCAUACGGGCCCAACUGAAUAGUAAUGAAUAGACGGGCCACAGGCUUCAGGUCACAGACAGAGCAGGCAGCCUUGCAACUGCAGAUGGCUUAGGCAGAAGCAUUGGCGCCUAAUGAACCAGGCCCCGGAGCCAAUGCCCUGCUUCAUUCCAUCAGGAAGUAGGAAGCCCUUGGUAUAUUCCUGGUCUCAGGGCAAGCAAUGAGCCAGCACUGCGAAGGGUGGGCUCGGGAGGGUAAACCAACUCAGACAUACAGCCAGCCUCCUAGGUGGGCGGGACUCCUAGGAACCCAGCCAGGGGCUUUGCUGCAGGGAUUCCUAAGCAAAAAGGGGUAGUGUCAUUUUUUGGCAACCCUAGCCUCAGCUGACUUUGAACAGUCAGUACAAUCCCGGCCUUUCCUAGACAUCUCCCAUCAGCUGGUACAACAGCCAGUGGUUCAGACGGACUUGAAUGCCCAUGGGGCAGGCUGUAUGGAAGGAUGCAGAUGUGUUCCGGGGCCAUCCGGAAAGGUCUCCACCUAGCAGGGUCUCUGCCAUCCUCAAGCCCUGUAUUUUCCUGGCCUCCACUCUGAGCCUUGCUCGGUCACAGGGCAGGCAGGAGCCUGACCCUCUUCCAUACUUCCCGUGGCCUUGCCACCAGCUCUGGACUCGUUGGUUCUAACAAGAACAGAACUCUGGGUGGUCUAGGGAGACACGAGGACCCUUCCCUAGUUCCAAAUGCUUGCAGGGGUCCUCUGGGGAACCCACCCCAGUCUGGCUGCCUCACUACUUCCCCCUCUACCCACAUUUGCCUCCAUUGUAUAUAUCUUCACCAUUUUAGGACCCUGUGCCAUGUACUGGGGGUGACCAAGAACAGCCUGGAGACCACAGUCUUGGUGACAUGUUGUGAUGGCGAAGGUCAAUUCAGUCCUUGGGCCAACAGCAGUUAUUUCUCAGCAGCACCCCUGGGUGUGGCCAUAGACUGUAACCCCAGGUUUAAAAGCACCUGUCAUCGAGGGAUGUUGACCAAGCCCCAUCUUUUAAGACCAUUUCCAGGAAGGUGGAAGUCACCACCCCAACCAUCCUCCUAUGGCUCCCAUUCCAAAUCGCUGCAGCACAAUUGCCAGAGCCUUCAGCUAGAAUCAGCCUGUACCCAGCCUCCCCACGCGUGUCCCCAAGGCUGCCUUCUGCUUCCACCUGCUGUGGUCAGCCUAGUGCCAUGCACCUCUCUCAGCCUUCCACGGUAGGGAGGUCUCGGGCUGUCUACUGUAAGCCUUCAAGAACAUGGCCCAUAGGGAAAGCUGUCCUGUCUCCCACCCAUGCUGUCACCAGCGCUCUACCAUGGGGGGAUAAAUGUGCAUGAGAGAUGAGUCUUGGCUCCGCCGUGGCUUUGGGUAUGGGGGAAAGUGUUGAAAGUGCCCAGAUCAGGGGGAUGCCCCUUAUGUGCAGUGGCCAUGUUUCCAGAGGGGUCAUGCUACAGUUUCUGAGUAGUCUGACUCAACAGGCCAGGAGCCAGUUUCCAGGAAGAGUGCCUUCACCAUAUUCAUGGAACCGUGCCUGUUGCCUAGAUGCCUGUGGGCAAGUCCUGUGCCCUGUGCCAAUGUCCAUUUCAGGAAUCUUUCCUUUAAGCAUAGGUAGAGGCCUCUGAGCCUCUGGGCUGAGCUGUGGACGAUGCUGGAGAACUCUGAUCUGAGCUGUGGAGAGUGCUGGAGGUCUCUGGUUUGGGAAUGGGGAUGGACUCCUCCCAGUCUGAGCCACUCAUUAGUAGUACUAGCCUUCGGCCUCUCACGAUCCCUUCUGUGGAACCCCUAGACCCUGGUGCCCUGUCCCCUUGUCCCCACUUGUACCAUGCAGAACACCUCCAUCCUCUCAGCCUCGCAGCCCAGGCCUCCACCCUGCUGCUGGGAACUGGAGGCAUCUGACCUGUAUGUCUGUACUAGAUGUUACUGAGUGUCCUGUUCACCCCCAUACCCAGACUUUAUCUCCACAGGGGAGGUUAACAGUGCUUCACCCCAACCCUUGCCCUCUGCAGAAAGUACUACUGCAAGAGAUGUACCCGGGGUUCCCACAUACUACAUGCCAGUGACCUAAAGGCAGGGUUCACUCUCCUCCAGACCCUCUCUCCAUCUCCAUCUGACCCAGCCUCUAGACAUGGAGAUCCACCACACCCACAAGAGACUCCUAAACCCUCCAGACCUUCCCUUCUGACCUGUAGCAGCCUGUCACCCUCUUCUGAAGAUCCUGGGGGCACAGAGCGUCUUCUACCUGCCACUUCUUUUUUCCUGGGCCUCCUAGUAAGCUCCAAGUACAACCCCACAGCUCUCAGGAACCCAGUCCUGAGGCUGCACCUCCAUUGUAUCUGAGCUACUGGAGGCCGGUACCUUCCAGGCUAUUGAUCCUGCUACAAGCUAAAGAAAGAAAGUUCCAGCAUCCCAAAGAACAGGGCCAGGGGUGUAAGUAGGCUUCCUCGCACCCCACUGCUCAGUAAGGAGAGUCUUGUACACAUCUGCUUAGUGAGGCUCAGGCUCACAGAUGCUUCCCCCAUGCCAGAUGUUGACCACAUCAAGGAGGGAGCAGGUGGAAGAAAACCAGAAAUAAUGACCCCUAUCCAAAGUCCUGGGUCCCCUAGGCAGUGCGGCACUCUAUGCCAGGCAGCUCUCCUCUCUUCCCCAGGCACAAAAGGCCACCAGCAGAAACCACACCCUUCCCAGCAGCCCUCAGGCCCUCCCCUCCACUGCCCUCCCCUCAGCCUCCUGCAGCAGCCACAGCUGCCUGCCCAGCAUGGACAGCAACCCUCCACUUCCUGGUGUUCUCCCUGACUUCUGACUUGACCCCUGUGGCCGAUGCACACGCACCCUCAAACCCCAGGCCGGAGGCCCGGCACCCCACGUUCCCCUUAGCAGAGCCUUCUUAGGUGCACCGGCCCCACCUCUUGACCCAUCGCCAUCACCUCCCCUCAUUAACUGUAAUUUUGUAAGAAGAGUGACUUGCUGGUUAAUAAAUACCUAGUUAUUGUAAUAAUU